GUGGCCCCGGGGCCGGGCUUUCGCUCGCUGCCGACGCCGCUAAGGGGGAGCCGGCUCUGGGCCCCGGCACUCGCUCUCCGUUCCCCCGGGACGCCCCCAUUGUGAAGUCACCACCUGCAGGCGGUGGGGUGGCGCAGCGCGGCCCGGCGGAUCCCGGCCCCUCCUGCAGGGAUGUAGCGAGUCCGGGCUCCGGGGAGAUCGGGGCCUGCUCCAGGGGACUGUCUUCCCCCAAGGCUGCUGGCUGGGCUCAGUUGGAACUGGAGGAUAUAAGAUAAUGGAUAUGGGUAACCAACACCCUUCCAUCAAAAGGCUGCAAGAAAUACAGAAAGAAGUCAGAGAUAUUGAACAGCAGGUGGUGAUUUUCAGUGGCCUGUCUACUGAUAGGGAUUACAAGAAACUGGAGAGGACUCUGACUAAACAGCUUUUUGAAAUAGAUUCUGUAGAUACUGAAGGAAAAGGGGACAUCCAGCAGGCAAGAAAACGAGCAGCCCAGGAAACAGAGAGACUACUCAAGGAAUUGGAGCAGAAUGCGAACCAUCCACACAGACUGGAAAUAGAGGCCAUAUAUAAGGAAGCUCAAUCAUUGGUGGAACGUGAGAUCACACCUUUUUAUAAAGGUGGCAACUGUAUAACUGACGAAUUUGAAGAGGGUAUUCAGGAUAUUGUAUUGAGACUCACUCAAGUGAAAACUGGAGGAAAAAUCUCGUUACGAAAAGCAAGAUAUCGCACUCUGACAAAAGUGUGCGCAGUUCAAGAGAUUAUAGAAAGCUGUAUAAAGCAGCAACCUUCCCUGCCACUCUCCAGUGAUGCACAUCCUUCGGUCUCAAAAAUUAACUCAGUUAUGUGUGAUGUCAACAAGGCUAGGGGAACUCUUAUUGCAGUCUUAAUGGGAGUAAAUAAUAAUGAGACUUGCAGGCAUUUAUCCUGUGUGCUUACAGGUCUGAUUGCUGAUUUGGAUGCUUUGGAUGUUUGUGGUCACACAGAAAUAAGAAAUUACAGAAAGGAAGUGGUGGAAGAGAUCAACAAAUUACAGAAAUAUCUGGAUUUGGAAGAGGAAGCGGACUCUGCUCAUGCUUAUGACUUGGCACAAAAUCAAUCCAUUCUAAAAAUAGAAGAGAUCCGCAAAAAAAUGAAAGAAGUUCAUUCUUUACUUUUCAAAGCAGAAAAUGCUUCUGAUUUGUACUUGGGAUGCAAGGCAGAACUGCAAGGUUUAAUUGCCCACUUGGAUGAAGUGAGUCCAGGAAAGAACCCGUGUAUCAGAGAAGCCAGGAGAAGAGCAGUAAUAGAAGUGCAAACUCUCAUAACAUAUAUUGAUUUAAAGGAAGCACUUGAAAAAAGACAAAUAUAUGGUGAACAAACUGUUGUGGAACACCAAUCCCAUAAGGCAGUCUGGAGUGUUCUUGGACACUUGUCUCAGAUUCAGAGGGAAGUGCUCUCUUUUGAUGGAAACAGAACUGAUAAGAACUACAUGAGACUAGAAGAGCUCCUCACUAAGCAACUUCUGGCACUUGAUGCUGUUGAUCCACAAGGAGAUGAGCGAUCUAAAGUUGCCAGAAAGCAGGCAGUAAAGCUUGCACAGAAUAUUCUUUACUAUCUAGACAUGAAAACAGAUGAGUGGGAGUACUAGAAAAGCAGUGGCCUGGUGUUAGAUAUUGCUUUCUUUUUUGCACUUUAUGUAGACUGAUAGUCCCAUGAGCUGCACAUGAUUAAAAGUUGUGUUUUUAUAUUCACUCGGGUUAUGGAGAUUGUGUAAAUAGUUGGCUUGACUAUGGCAGCUAUCCCACACUUUCACCCACUUGCCAUGGCAAUUGUCAGUACACCAUUUUUUCAAUUUUGGUCACCAUGUUAUGUGGGAGAUAUGGCUGUCUUGAGGAAUUGCAUAAGUAUCAGAGUCUAAUAUUUGGUCAAACUGUUUUUUAAAGAAACCUAA